AUGGCUCCUAAAAUAUUUGUCACUGGCGCUACUGGCCUGAUUGGAGGCGACUUUUUGGUCGUCGCCACGACUAAGCAUCCAGACUGGGAAAUUUCGGUUCUUGUCAGAGACAUCGAGAAAUGCAAAAUUAUUAACACGCAUUUUCCGGGUGUUCGAGUCGUUCAUGCAUCGCUUGAAGAUCUAGGCGUUUUGGAAAGAGAAAGUCGCGAGGCAGAUGUGGUCCUGAACUUCGCCAAUUGCGACCACCUUCCCGCAGCCGAAGCAAUUAUUCGCGGGUUGUCGCAGCGGGAGUAUGUUGGCACUGUGAUACACACGUCCGGCGCAAAGAUCAUCGCAUGGGAGAUGGAGUCCCAGCCUUCCACCUGGGGCAAAUAUAUGCCUCGUCGCUACAAUGACAUGGAAGGCGUUGAAGAACUUACCCGAGGCCCAUCCGACUCAAACCCAGAACCGACUGGGUACGAUCACGUCCUCCCCAACUGGGCGGCGCAUCGAGAUGUUGAUCUUGCAAUCAUGGAUGGCUUUCGCAAACACAAUAAUAUCCAAACGGCUAUUGUGUGUCCACCGACUGUAUACGGUCCAUCUAGAUUUCCGGGAUUCACAAGAUCGAUCCAAAUUCCCCGCCUGCUCAACGUGGUGCUUCAGGUUCGCCGGGCGUUUACGAUAAAUGGGAAUCAGAACAGAUGGAAUAUGAUCCACACUCAGGAUAUAUCUGAGAUGUAUGUUCUACUAGCCGAAGCGGCGGUAGACCAGAGACGGGAAGGGUUAUGGAACGAAGAGGGCUAUUACUUUGCAGAAAAAGGAGAGUUCGUUUGGGGCGACGUUAUUAAACAGAUUGCAACCCUUGGUUACCAAAAGGGUCUACUUGUUUCUGGGGAGCCCGUGGAGCUACAAAACGAUCUUGUGCACCUGUUUUGGGGCGGUGGUCAGGUCAAUAUGAGCUCAACUAGCCUUGGAGAGGCUCGCCGAGCUAGAAAGCUUUUGGGUUGGAAUCCGGUGAGAGAUGACUUUAUGGCCGACUUGGAUCGAGUCAUGGACGUAGAAGCAGAGCUUAUCAAAGGGCGAUUAUUGAGUUGA